GAAAAAUAGAUGGACAGAACUACCUCACCCUUUUCCUCCAAGAAUCCAUUAAUUGCAGAAAAAUUGCACUGUUCUUUUAUAGAAAUGGGAAAUGGUAUCUCACUUCUUAUAGGGGUCUCUUUAUUACUCACUCUCUGACCCAAAUCUAUCUCUAAAAAUCAAAUCUUGUGUUGUUAUAUGUAAGUCCUCGAGCCUUCUUCAACUUUUCGAUUUGGAAAUUUCUUUUAUUUUUUAUUAAUCACUUGGUAGUUUUUAGUUUCUCGAGCCAAGUUUGGGACUUUGAGAUUACAGAUCUAAGCAUAAAUCCAAUUUCUUGACCAGAUAUUUUCAGAUACCUUUAUUUGAUCGGUUUGUACUUUGUAUCUGUUGUUGUUGUGGUUGUUUUUUUGUUGCUUGAAGAGUUUGACUCUGUGCUUCCAUUUUUCCUUGCAGAGUUUCGAAGUUCAAACUACUAAAUUAUAUAUUAGAUGUUCUAAUGGUCCACCCAUAUCUUAAAUUUUUGAAAAUUUGUAGUUUCAACUGUGAUCUAAGUUUGUGGGUUCUGUUUGUAUGAACUACUAAUUUCUUUAAUUUAUAAAUUAGGGUUUUGUUUUCUCUAUUUUAGUUUCUCCACCUCUUUGUUUCCCUUCUUCCUUCAAAAUCUGUAAACUUUGCUGGUGGGUUUUGUGGGUUUUCUUGGUAUGAGCUACUGCUAAUAUAAUUCAAUCAAAUUUAGGGUUUUGUCUUCAGAUUUUUUUUUUUUUUUUGGGGUUAAUUUAAGCUUCUUGUGUCUUCCUUUGUUUGAAAAUAAAAUAUUGUCUGGUGGGUGCUUGUCAUAAUGGAUUAUGGUCGAGAAGCCGGGUUUUCCAGUGGAAAUGUUGUUCAGGUGAUCACUGGGAACCAUGGAAAUGAUGUUGCUGAGAAUUGGAUGUCUGGGUCUAUGGACCAGGGGGUUUGGGCAACUGAGGAUGAUUAUGGGGUUUGGAAUAGAGAGACAUCUGUUGACACCACUUCGAAUUCGAAUUACGACGGAAGGCAAUCUCAAACUCGGUCAGGGAGUGAGCCGCCUAAUAAGAAAUCGAGAAACUCCCAAUCAGGCGAUUUUCCAUCUUCUAAUCGAUCAAAGGCAAUCGGAAAGAUGUUCUUUAAAACCAAACUAUGCUGUAAAUUCCGAGCUGGGACUUGCCCGUAUGUAACUAACUGCAAUUUUGCACAUAGUGUUGAAGAACUUCGAAGACCGCCACCAAAUUGGCAAGAAAUUGUGGCUGCUCACGAGGAAGAUCGGGGAGUGACAUCAGAGCCAAGGGAGGAAUUUCAGAUUCCAGCACUCAGCUCUGCUGGUUUUUCUGGGGAUAGUCAGAGGUCUUACAAAGGGCGACAUUGCAAGAAGUUUUAUACUGAGGAGGGCUGCCCUUAUGGAGAUAAUUGCACUUUUCUUCAUGAUGAGCAGUCAAAGGCUCGAGAAAGUGUCGCAAUAAGUUUGGGUCCUGGGACGGGUGGUGGAUAUGGGGGUGGAAGUGGGAGUGGGGGUGGGAGUGGGGGUGGUGGGAGUGGGGGCGGGGGUGGAUCGACCCUUAAGCCUUCAAAUUGGAAAACAAGGAUCUGUAAUAAGUGGGAGCUAACAGGGUAUUGCCCGUUUGGAAACAAGUGUCACUUUGCUCAUGGGGUUGGAGAACUGCACCGUUAUGGUGGAGGGCUUAUGGAGACUGAAGCUAAAGAUUCUUCUUCUGCUCCUCCAGACACGAAGCAGGGGGUAGCGCCAUCGAAAACUCCAGCUGAUAUUGUAGUUGCGUCUGUCACUUCAGUUCCUCAUUCCGAUGGUUAUCAUAUUGGAGUUCCAUCACAGAGGUUGUCCAACGUAAUCCAGAGGACAGGACAGAGACCCCAUCAAAAGUGGAAGGGUCCAGACAAAAUUAGUAGAAUAUAUGGUGACUGGAUUGAUGACAUUGAGUAGGAUCUGCAAUCUCUUGCCUGUAUGUUGAAAAAGAUUAGCUAGGACUUAACUAUCUUCCUGUGAAAGAGUUUUGACCGCAAGUCGGCAAACAGAAUGGUUUGACUUUUUGGGAGAUUGUGCAAAUCUAGCUUCAUCUUUUCAAUCAAGAGUAGUUUUUGUUCUUCUUUUCUUUGGAAGUUUUGGACGAUGCUAGCUUUGUAGAGUCUCUAGAACAAGUACGAAUUUUCAAGCUCCUCAUUUUCAGGUUUGGAAAUUUUUGUAGCUUCAGUUACUUCUGUGAUAUUUUUCUUAUCAAUUUUAUAAAUUAGAUUACCUUUUUUAAUCAAA